AUGUCCCAUGACGAGAACGAAGACUACUAUAUUGGAAUCGAUGUAGGCACAGGAGGCGCCCGUACUUGCGUUGUUGAUAAAAAUGGCAACAUAAUUGGUCUCGCAUCGAAAAACAUCAAAACAUGGCAACCAUAUUCUGAUUACUACGAACAGUCAACUACCGACAUCUGGGACAGCAUAUGUACAGCAGUCAAGAGAGUGGUUGAGCAAUCCGAGGUACCAAAGGCAAAUAUCCGCGGCCUCGCGUUUGAUGCCACUUGCUCUCUUGCUCUCUUCAAUAAGAAGACCGACCGACCGGUUUCUGUCAGCGGCGCAAGUGUCAGUAAUGACCGCAAUGUCAUUCUCUGGCUGGAUCAUCGUGCCAUAGAUGAGACAAAAACAAUAAAUGCGACCAAGCAUCCCGUUCUGCAGUACGUCGGAGGCGGCAUGUCACCGGAGAUGGAGAUACCUAAGAUUCUUUGGCUCAAGAAGCAUAUGAACCCAAGCACGUUUCUUGACUGCAAAUUUUACGAUCUUGCAGAUGCCCUUACACACCUGGCUACCCGGGAGGAAGCCCGCAGCUACUGCAGUGUAAUUUGCAAACAGGGAUAUCUUGCAUCUGGAACAGAGAAUUGCAAAGAGGGUUGGCAGUCGGAUUUUUUGACCUCUAUCGGGCUAGAGGAUCUUACGAACGAAGGAUUUGAAAGACUUGGGGGUAUAAAAGGCAAGGACGGCCACUUUCUCAGUGCUGGCGAAUAUGUUGGACCUUUAACUGAGAAAGCUGCUGCUGAGCUCGGGCUUUCGCCCGGAAUCGCUGUCGGUAGUGGGGUGAUCGAUGCCUACGCAGGUUGGAUUGGCACGGUUGGUGCGAAGGUUGAUCUGGGACUUGCGAGCUUGGCAGACCAAAAGGAACACGUUCAACAUCGGCUGGCGGUGGUGGCUGGCACGUCAACAUGCCACUUGGCUAUGUCAAAAGAUGAGUUAUUUGUACCUGGCGUCUGGGGCCCCUACCGGGACGUUCUCUUUCCCGGCGCAUAUCUUGCUGAAGGAGGCCAGUCGGCUACUGGCGAACUCAUACGACAGGUUGUUGAGAGCCAUCCAGCUUACUCGGAAGCAAAAGAAGCAGCUGAGAAGUCCGGUACCCAUAUUUAUGAUUUCAUUAAUGAAUAUCUUCGAAAAGAGGCCGAGGAAUCACAGGUCGUUCACAUCCCUCAGCUGGCCAAACACUUUUUUUUUCUACGGUCUCCGAUUGCUGAUUCCCAGAUGAGCGGGGCAAUCAUUGGAUUGAAAAGCGACCAAUCAAUCAAGAGCCUGGCUUUGCACUAUUAUGGUGCGCUGGAGUUCAUUGCACUGCAAACGCGCCAUAUUGUCGAUACUAUGAAUCGAUACGGGCAUCAAAUUUCGUCAAUUUUCAUGUCGGGCUCCCAGACGCAAAAUGGGCUCUUAGUUCAUUUGAUUGCCUCCGCUUGCAAGAUGCCAGUCGUGCUUCCUGAGUACAUCCAUGCUGCUGUAUGUCACGGUGCUGCUAUGUUAGCAGCUAUGGCGGCCAGUAAAGGCCCAGAAGGGAAUUCAAAGGACCUGUGGGACAUUAUUGGCCAAAUGAGCAAGCCAGGCCGACGCAUCGACCCUACAGCUGAUACAAACGAGCAGAAGCUUCUCCAGGCCAAGUAUGAGGUAUUUUUGGACAUGUGCUCCCGGCAGCGAGCAUACAGGGAGUUUGUGGAUAAACGGCUCAGUGGCGCGACGGAGAAUAAACUUGAAAUUUGA